AUGAGAGAGUUCAGGAGAUAUAAUAAAGACGAUCGUCAACAUAGAAAUCAUAAUAGGUCGCAUGGCAAAUAUGGCCAUUCCAAUAAUAAUGGAUAUAAAACGAAUAGCCGCUACAACCGAAUAAAUAAACAAAAUGGGAGAAAUAAAUAUAGAAAUCGCGACGACCGGAGGAAUGAUACAGAACGAAAUUCCCAUGCCAGAGUUAAAAUAUCCAACUUGGAAUAUACAAUUACAAAAGAUGAUUUAGUGGAAUUGUUUAGUAAUGUAUGCAAAGUUGUAAGCGCAUGGAUAAACUAUGAUCAUACGGAUAGAUCGGAUGGAACAGCAGUAUGUAUUUUUGAAAGUAUAGAAGAUGCUCAAAAGGCAAUUGAUAAAUAUGAUGGCUCAGAGAUUGAAGGGCAAUCCAUUAAAAUGGAAAUACUACACAAAUCGAAUUAUAGUUACAAAAAAAGAUAUAAAAGUAAAUGCCCUUGGUAA